AGUAGCCCGAGAACUAAUACAGCCUAAGGAGGAAGAAGGAGUAGUUAUUCAGUUUCAGUAAGCUUAAGAACGCUGGAAGUCUGGGACCGCCGAACAGAAAGCAGCCGACUUGCCGAGCAGUCGAGCAAAGCAGAGACUAGAGAGGAGCGGCCGAGCAGUCUUCUGGUGCGCUCUACGGCCGGAACCUCCUCACCGGCACUCUGGCAGCCUGCUCUCUGACCAUCUGUGGACGGUGGACCUGCGAUUCUCACCUUCUGACAAGCAGUCCGGUUGUUGGGUCUUGGCGCAUUGCGCGCUGCAAUUAUCAGAAAUAGUUCCUACUCAACUCUAACAUGCUCGGUCUGACUUCAACCUCCACUGCCUCCCCAUCAGUCAACACUUUCUCCUGUACAGCCCAGGGACGCUUUUUCUCCACCACUCUACAUCCAUUGUCUAGGAGAAGUUACCGUUUCUUCAACUUUCAACAGCCCAUAACAACUUCGUAUAAGCUAACUUUGCAAUCAAUCAAAGCCAUGGCUGAAGCUCUUGCUACUCCGAAUCCUGCGUCCAAAUUAUCUACUUCUGGGAGAAGGCAAGCUUUGAUAUCACUUUCAGACAAGAAGGAUCUGUCUAUGCUUGGAAAUGGAUUAAAAGAAUUGGGGUACACAAUUGUUUCUACAGGAGGAACUGCAUCUGCACUUGAGGUUGCUGGGGUUUCUGUGACUAAAGUAGAAGAGCUUACACAUUUUCCUGAAAUGCUUGACGGCCGUGUAAAAACUUUACACCCUACCAUUCACGGGGGUAUUUUGGCUAGAAGAGAUCAGCACCAUCAUAUGGAAGCCCUUGAUAAGCAUGGAAUUGGAACAUUUGAUGUUGUAGUGGUCAACUUGUAUCCAUUCUAUGAGAAAGUUUCUUCCUCCACCAGAAUUUCAUUUGAAGAUGGAAUUGAGAACAUUGACAUUGGAGGACCUGCUAUGAUUAGAGCUGCUGCAAAGAACCAUAAGGAUGUUCUGGUUGUGGUUGAUUCUGGUGACUAUCCUGAACUCAUGCAAUUUCUUCAAGCAAAUUCGGAUGACCAACAGUUCAGAAGAAAGUUAGCUUGGAAAGCUUUUCAGCACGUUGCUUCGUACGAUUCUGCAGUUUCUGAAUGGUUGUGGAAGCAGACCGGCGGAGAUAAUUUCCCUCCUGGCUUUACGGUGCCUCUAUCACUAAAAAGCUCACUUCGCUAUGGUGAAAACCCUCAUCAGAAGGCUGCCUUCUAUGUUGAUAAAUCACUGUCUGAGGUUAAUGCUGGUGGUAUUGCAACUGCCGUUCAACACCAUGGCAAGGAGAUGUCAUAUAAUAAUUAUCUAGAUGCUGAUGCAGCUUGGAAUUGUGUGUGCGAGUUUAGUAAACCAACAUGUGUGAUUGUGAAGCAUACAAACCCGUGUGGUGUGGCUUCUAGAAGUGAUAUUAUUGAAGCAUAUAGGCUUGCAGUCAAAGCAGAUCCGGUCAGUGCCUUUGGUGGUAUAGUCGCCUUCAAUGUAGAAGUUGAUGAGGGUCUUGCUAAUGAUAUUCGAGAAUUCAGAAGUCCAAUUGAUGGUGAAACUAAGAUGUUUUAUGAGAUCGUUGUUGCCCCCAAGUAUACAGCUAAGGGUCUCGAGAUUCUUUGUGGAAAGUCCAAGAAUUUGAGAAUCCUUGAGGCUAGUAAAAACAGCAAGGGAAAGCUUUCACUUAGGCAAGUUGGUGGGGGUUGGUUAGCUCAGAAUUCAGAUGAUAAAACCCCAGAAAACAUCCUAUUUAAUGUUGUUUCUUCUGGGAGAACUCCACAAGAGAGUGAGCUUGAUGAUGCUAAGUUUGCAUGGCUCUGUGUCAAGCAUGUGAAGAGCAAUGCGAUAGUGAUAGCAAAGGACAAUUGUAUGCUAGGUAUGGGAAGUGGACAACCAAACCGCCUUGAGAGUUUAAGGAUCGCCUUGAGGAAAGCCGGGGAACAAGUCAAUGGAGCCGCUUUGGCCAGUGAUGCUUUCUUUCCAUUUGCAUGGAAUGAUGCUGUAGAGGAAGCAUGCAAAAGCGGUGUAGGCGUAAUUGCAGAACCAGGAGGAAGCAUCAGGGACAAGGAUGCCAUCGAUUGCUGUAACAAGUAUGGAACAACCCUGCUUUUUACCAAUGUGAGGCACUUCAAGCAUUGAUUGAUUAUAUCAAACUGUCUGUAUCCUACACAAUUUUGUUGUUCUUUCCGAAUUGAUUGAUUAUAUCAAACUGUCUGUAUCCUACACAAUUUUGUUGUUCUUUCCGAUGCUUUCCUGCUUUAGUCUAGUCUAUUUUGUUUUGUACUAAAAGCAGUCUUGAUUCCAAUAAUUUAGGGAAAACUGUCAAAUAGGUCCUCGAACUUUCAUAAAAAGGUCAAUUAAGUCCUUCUAUAGGAGGUUUUGUCCGGCCGUCGCGAUUUGGGGCAGUUCCCGGUGGAAUUUGUUGAUGAAAGUUUUUGAGAAUUUUAUUCACCAAGUCUAGUUUACUCAUACCAAAUUUCAGCUAAAAAUUCAAUCGAGAACACAUUCAAAUUAAUUUUUGAAGAUAACUGCGCAUUUUUGCGUUCUCGAAUUAAUUUGAAUGCGCUCCCGAUUAAAUUUUUAGCUGAAAUUUGGUAUGAGUAAACUAGACUUGAUGAAUAAGAUGCUCAAAAAAAUUCAUCAAAAAAUUCCAUCGGGAACCACCCCAAAUCGCGACGACCGGACAGAGUCUCCUAUAGAAGGACUUAAUUGACUUUUUAUGAAAGUUCAAGGACCUAUUUGACAGUUUUCCCAAUAAUUUAUGUAACAAAAGAAGUUCAUAAUCGGUGUUGCAAGUGAUUGGUUUCACGGGAUUUCUCGCUUUUUUGCAAGCUUGCAAUGUGUUACAAC